AUGGACUUUCUCGAAGACCCCCCGAUUGCGCCAGCGCUGGAACCAAAUCUCCCACACGACAGGCGAGUUUUGACUUUUACGACGACUGGUACGCCGACGACGGGCUGCUGGGCAACAGUGGCGAUGACUCUACCGCGCUGGGAGGCGCUGGCGCCGGUGACGGAGGCUGGAGCAUCGCCGACUGGGAUCGGCUGCUGGCGGGCACAGGGGCCCAGAGGACGGCACGGCGGUGCCGACGGCGAAGGGGUGCAGCAGGAGCAGCCGAAGCGGAAGAGGGGCAUGAGCUACGGCACACGUGGUGCUGGGCGGCGCAAGGCGAGCGGCGAGCUGGAUCCGACCAUUAUACCGAGCACACAGCCGAUAGGCUUCCUGAGCAAGCUGCCGUGGAAGAUGGGCAAGACGUUACGAUACAAGCCCAGCGCGGCGGAUCUGCAAGAUCAUCCCGGGCAGCACGAAGUGUUGGGCAUGGGCGAGGCUGAGCCAUUGCUGGACGAGGGCAGUGAAGGGUCAGAAUAUGACGGGCAGGCAUAUCAGCCUGAACGGACUGUCGCUGCCGGUAGGAAACGCAGCGGAACGACGGGGUCGGGCGACACAUCAGACUCGUACCGUUCAAGGGGAGACCUGUUCCCGAGCGAUGGCGAAGGCGAGGAGGACGCUGUGCCGUUGGACGACGAGUUUUCAAUGGUCCUAUCCCGCGUCAAUACAGGCGAUGAUCGCAGUAGCGGCAAGACGAGACGGAGCAGCAAAGGCAAGAGGCCCGUCAGCGGCAUGUCACGAACCGUGUCUCGCGCAACCAUUGACUCGAUUCGCACGCGAGCAAGUACGCCUGGACCGCGACACAGCUCGGGGAGUACACCAGUGACCUCGGAGUUAAACCGCGUGCAGUCGAUGGAGGAUUUACAACGAGAAGAGGAUCAGAUGCGCGAGGAGGAGGAUGCCGAGGUGGAGGCGAAGCGCAGGAGAGCCCUUGCGCUUGCAAUAGAGAAGGGUCUGCGGGGCGUGAGCGAAGCAAAUGCGGCCGUCAAAGAGGACAAGCCUACAGCGAGCGACGAAGCGGAUGUACCAGAGCCGACAGCGUCCAAGGGUGGCGAACAGCCAACUUUCUCGGGAGACGACGACGGUUCGUUGUCGGGCGGUCGGCUACCUGGAGGCUUCCUGACCAUCACAGACGGAGGCCAGCUGGGAGGCGAAGAAUUUGUUCCUGCUCGGCUGCCGCGGUUCAGGUGA